AUGACUCUAGGCAGAAUCGGCCAUAGGCUGUGGCGAUAUCGCUGGCUCAGCCGGACGGCAUUGGCUGUGUCUGGUGCGGCCGGCGUAUAUGCAUACGAUAAGCAUUUUCAGGCAUCGGCGCUGGCUCGGACUGCGCGGACAUUCAAAGAUAUUGCAGCCAUUUGCAUAGACUACAAGCUGAACUUUAGAACAGAGCGUGGGGUGGAGCACCUGAACAUGAUCCAUGAGCGUGGGGCGAAGCGGCUUCUGCGCUGCUGCCAAGAGAACGGCGGAAUGUUUAUCAAAUUUGGGCAAUCGAUUGCGCUCCAGGGCCCACUGCUGCCACCCGCGUAUGGUCGCGAGCUCAGUGUCCUCUACGACAAUGCUCCAUUUGUACCUGUGGCAGAGAUUGCGCCCGUGAUUGAGCGCAACUUUCCUGGCAGCACCCUGGAUGAUCUGUUUGUUGACUUCUCGCAGGAAGCCGUGGCAUCGGCGUCUGUAGCACAGGUGCACACGGCAAGACUUCGCCGGGAUCCGACGCAGCUGGUCGCGGUAAAGGUUCAGAAGCCCGAGAUCAAGCACCAGAUCGCGUGGGACUUGUUUGCCUUCCGCACAUGCGCGCUGGUGAUCGAGAAAGCAUUUGGUAUCCCGAUGAUGUGGUCGGUGUCUGAGGUGGAGCAACGGUUGCGCGAGGAGACAGACUUUGAGCGCGAGGGCCACAAUGCCGACCGGGCUCAGGAUGACCUCAACAAGCUGGCUGAUCGGUGGUUGCGGUCUUCAGUGUACAUUCCAAAGGUGCACUGGGAGGAGACGCGGCGAGAGGUCCUCACUACAGAGUGGAUUGAUGGUACAAGCAUGGUGGAGCCAAAGAGGCUUACCAGCCAAGGAUGGUCUGAGAAGGAUAUUAUGAACCUGGUAGUAUCUGUGUUUGCAUUCCAGAUCUUUGUCUCAGGCAACGUACACGGCGAUCCUCAUCCAGGCAACAUCCUGGUCCGCCAACACCCUCAGUACAAAUCGCGCCCGCAACUUGUUUUGCUUGACCACGGACUGUACAUUCGCGAGUCGCGACAGUUCCGCAAGCAGUAUGCAGAGUUUUGGCGCGCGGCAAUGAUCGGUGACAACGCCAGUAUGCGCAAUAUCGUGCGCCAUUGGGGCUUUGGUGAUACAGACAUGUUUUCGACGAUGAUCUCAUUGCGUCCGCCUACACUAACCGGGCACCCACACAUGCACAAGCUCCAGCAGCAGGCAGAGCAAAAUGGUGACGAUGGCUCACACAGCACGAAGGAUGCGUACAAGGAGCAGAUGGAGUUUAAGAGGCGCGCCAUAGCCGCGCUCAAGGGCACUCGGAAGCUGCCACAGGAGCUGGUGUUUGUUUCGCGCAACAUGAAUAUCGUCCGGGCCAGCAACCGCAGCAUGGGGAUCCCAGUGAACCGGAUAAAGAUCCUUGGCCAUUACGCGGCCUAUGGGCUGCACCAGAUGCUGGUCGACGAUGCACUGUCGCCUAACCGGAGAUUUGACCGGGUGCGCGGCGUUGUGUCGAGCCGAGAGAUGCUGCUGAGUCGAUUCCUGGGCCUGAUUGUUGCCGAGUGGAGCUAUUUAACAUUCAAUAUUGCUGUUACUGUGGCCAGCACGAGCAUGGCGCUGUAUGAAGGGGCUUCUUGGAUUUGGUCCUUGAUAACUGGCAAUAGUCGACGGUUGGAUUCUGAGAGCCUGCUGGAUGAAAACAUGCAGAAAAUGAUCGAGCGCAAGCUCGGCUACAAGAUUGACACAAGCCUGUUCAGUGCAUAGACGUUCCAUAGGUUUUUCGCAAUGUAUUACCAAACGUAUAUAAUCGGUC